AUGGCCUUCAUUAAGCCCGCGCUUAUCCUGGAACCACAGAAGAAGUGUGAUUUGUUCCUCCCGGGGACCUUCCAGGUGGACUCCUCCACUGACAACAGUUCGAGCAGCUUUUCCUUUGACUUCGAUGAGUUGAAUUAUACUGAGACCUAUGACUACUCUGGAAUGGACGCAGCUGCCCCCUGCCGCUCCUGCAACCUGCUGGACGAGUCCUCACUGCCUUUCUACGUCCUCGCCAGCGUCCUGGGCAUCCUGACCAGUGCGGCUGUCCUCUUCGCUCUGCUCAGACCCCUCUUUCACCGGCAGCUCUGUCCUGGCCAGCAGCUGCUCCUCACACAGUUAGCCGUGGGCAGCGCCCUCUGCAGCAUCGUGGUGCCCGUCCUGGCACCAGGGCUCCGCGGUGCCCACAACACCUACGUGUGCCACCUGGCCCACUUUGUCUGGUAUGGCUCCGCCUAUGCCCAAGCUCUGCUGAUAGGCUGCCACGCCUGCCUGGGUCCCAAACUGGGUGCAGGCCCGGUCCCACGCCUCAUCCUGGGGCUCAUGGUGGGCCUUUGGGGACUGGCCAUCCUCCUGGCGCUGCCCAUCACCCUGGCCAGUGACACCUCCAAUGGAUUCUGCUUCUUGUCACCCAGCCAGGGCAUUUUGAAGUUUCUGCACGCUGCCAACUGUUUAGCCAUCUUUGACUUGUUGCCACUGGGUUUAUUGGGAGCCAAGGGGGUGCAAAGGGCCUUGGGCAGGGGGCCGUGUCCCUGGGUUGACGUGCUGUGGCUCUGGUUCAUUUUCUGGUGGCCUCACGGAGUGCUGUGGGGAUUGGACUUCCUAGUGAGGUCCAGGUUCUUGGUGCUGUCAUCCUGUCCGACCCAGCAGGCGCUGGACCUGCUGCUGCACCUGGCGGAAGCGCUGGCGAUCCUGCACUGCGCGGCCGUGCCCCUGCUCCUGGCCUUGUUCUGCCACCGGGCGACUCGCAGGGCCGUGCCCUCCUUGGCCCUCCCAGCAAGACAGUCCUCUCCUCCGGACGCCCUGGGAAGAAAAUCUUAGCUCCCUUCCUACCUGCCAACCUGAAUUAAAAGUCUGUGCUGCUUUUAUGAA